AUGUCACCGUCUGUAUUCGACACGCUGCUCGGUUUGGUGCAGGACAGCAUCAGGAAAUGCGACACAAAGUUUCGAAAUGCGAUUCCACCAAACGAACGGCUUGCAAUUACGUUGAGGUUCCUAGGAAGUGGUGACUCACUCCAAAGCAUCUCCUAUGGUUUCCGGAUUGGCAGAUCAACCGCAACAAACAUAGUGGCUGAGACCUGUGCGGCCAUAUGGAACAAUCUAGUAGGGCGCUACCUGCACUUCCCAUCUACAUCGCAGGAGUGGCAGGAAGUCGCAGAAGGAUUUGAAACCAGAUGGAAUUUGCCACAUUGCGUUGGAGCCCUUGACGGCAAGCAUGUGGUUAUUGAGUGUCCCCCCAACUCAGGUUCAGAAUAUUACAACUACAAGCACACAUUCAGCAAGGUGCUCAUGGGAGUAUGUGAUGCAUACUACAGGUUCCUGGUUGUUGACAUCGGCAACAGUGGCGCUAACAGUGAUGGUGGCAUCUUCGCUCGAAGUGUCUUCGGGAAUGGGUUGGAAAAUGGCCAUUUCAACCUGCCAGCACCCUCCGAUGUUCCUGGACUUGGUCAGCUGCCAUACUACUUCGUUGCAGAUGAGGCCUUUCCAUUAAAGCCAUACCUCAUGCGUCCCUUCCCAAGACAAAGAUUGUCCACCUGCGAGCACAAAGUUUUUAACUACAGACUAGGUCGUGCACGUGGUGUUAUUGAGAACACGUUUGGAAUCAUGGCUAGCAGGUGGCGAAUCUUGAGGCGGCCAUUCAAAGCAUCAUCCAGCAAUGUGGACAACUACAUCAAAGCUAUUGUGUGUCUCCACAACUUUUUGAUGCACCACUCUAGCAGCACUUACUGCCCUCAUUCAUAUGUUGACACUGAGGAUGGACAUGGCAGUGUGGUUGAGGGUGCAUGGAGGAGGGAAGAAGGCUAUUCCAUGCAAGACAUCAGUCAGGCUGGCCCACACAUGCAUCCAAGAAGUGCAGCGGCAGUGAGGGAAUCCCUGGCAGGGUACUUAACCACAGUUGCGACAGUGCCCUGGCAAGCAAAAGUUAUUCGGGAAGGGAGGUGGCUGUGA